AUGCGAGGGAUUAGAGGGAUGUGUCCCGUGGGUGGUGGUUUUAUCCCUAUAAGAACUGGUGGUGUGCCGUUUAGUGCUCCUAUAGCGGAGGGUUUGCUAACGCAGCCUGCUGUAACGCGUACGGCGGCUGGUCAAGCUGGAUCGGAAGCUGAGCAGGAAAUACCCCCGGAUAAGGGGCUUGGAUUCGAUAUUUCCCCUUUGUUUGUUGAAAGACCGGCCGUUGGUGCCACUGCUGCGGGUGGUGCUGAUGUCACUGGGGGGAUCGGCGCAGGUAGAUCGGCCGAGGAGGGGAGAGGAGGAGGGGGAGGGGGAGAGGGAGAGGGAGGAGAGGAGGGGAGAGAGGGACGGGGCGAGAGGAGAGAGGGAGGAGGGGAGGAGAGAGAGGGAUGGGGAGAAGCGCGAGGAGAAAGGAGACGACGGGAGGACAGCGAAGAACCCCCGAGUAACACGGACAAGAGGCUUCGAGUCUCAGCCACUGCACCCCAGGUGCAGGGAAACAGUCCAAACUUACACCCGGACCUGAAUACGGCAUUAAACCCCAGUCCAGACUUAUACCCCGAUCUAAACGCUGAAGCGCAUCGCCAUCUGACCGCUCUCUCCCUCUCCACCGCCCCUCUCUCGCCCCAGUACCCUCCCGUUCCUCCGCGCCGAGCCGCCACCAGGAUCGGGCAGCUCAUGCUCAUCCGAGCCUGCCACAGCGAGCAGCUUCGGCGGUUCAGCCUCGGCACAGCCUUGGGGCUGCGGACUAGGAACGGGAUUCUCACGGACCUGCCUGCAAUUAUUGUUUUUGUGCCUCGGAAGGUUCAUGAGCAGUGGCUGCUACCUUCCCAGAUGCUUCCUAGCAAGCUGCAGGGACCAGAUGGGUACGAGUGUGACGUGGAUAUAGUUGAAUUCUCUUAUUAUGGUGGGCAUGGAGGAGGAGGGGGGCCGACACAGCAGCCGCAGCUAAUUAGUAACGAGUUAGUGGAGAGAUUAAGAGGCAGUGGUUCUAGGAUCGGUCCAGGCUCGCAAAUUGCGAGCGAGGAGAUGUAUGGGACUCUAGGAGCUAUAGUUAGGAGUCUGACUGAGCCACGUGGAUUAGGGUUUCUGACUAACAGACACGUGGCAGUUGACUUUGACCAGCCGAAGCAGAAAAUGUUCCACCCGCUGCCGUCUUCCCUAGGUCCGGGAAAGUACCUCGGCUCGGUGGACCGAGCCUCGUCGUUUGCCUCGGACCACCUUUGGUACGGCGUGUUUGCCGGGCAGAGCCCGGAAACUUUUGUUCGGGCAGAUGGGGCGUUUAUUCCGUUCCACGAGGAGUUUGACGUGGCGCUGCUGACCACGUGGCUGGAGGGGAUUGGGCGGAUCGGCAAGCCGCACGAGAUCAGAUUGCAGGACGAGAUUUUCAGCGUGGCAGGGCAGCACGUGUGCAAGGUGGGUGGCACGUGUGCAAGGUGGGUGGCACGUGUGCAAGGUGGACAGCAGCUCAGGUCUCGCUUGGGGAAGCGUGAUGGAGCAUGCUGGCUAGAAGGGAGGACGAAAAUCCCACUCCUCACUUUGUCACCCUUCUCGUUCCUCUCUUCACCACUCAUCUCCCUCCUCUCUCUCCCCAUCUCCCUCCUUCCCCCCAUCUCCCUCCUUCCUUCCCCCUCAUCUCCCCCGUUCCCCCCAUCUCCCCCGUUCCCCCCAUCUCCCCCGUUCCCCCCAUGUCCCCCGCGCCCUGUUCAACCCAUCUCCCUCCUCUCCUCUCCCUCUUCUCCUCUCCCUCCUCUCCUCUCCCUCCCUUUCCCGUCUCUCUCCCUGUCUCUCCCUCUGUCUCCCCAACCCCUUACAGGUGGGCAGCAGCUCCGGCCUAACCCGAGGCACGGUGAUGGCGUGGGCAGCAGCUCCGGCCUCACACGCGGCACGGUGAUGGCGUAUGCAGUGGAGUACAACGACGACAAGGGCAACACGCUCUUCACGGACCUCCUGGUCGUGGGGGAGGACGGGCUGCCCUUUGACGUCGAGGGGGACUCUGGCAGCCUCAUUCUCAUGCACGCCCCUGCCCCUGCUGCUGCAAUGCACGCCCCUGCUGCUGCGAUUCACACGCCGCAUGCUGCAGGGCAUGAGGGCGCACAUGCUCCCAUGCAUGCUCCCAUGCAUGCUCCCAUGCAUGCCCCCAUGCAUGCCCCCAUGCAUGCCCUCAUGCAUGCCCCCAUGCAUGCUUCAGCAGCGCAUGCUCCUGCUCCCACACAUGCUUCAGGGCAUGAGGGCGCACAUGCGGCCCUGCAUGGCUUCAUGCAGCAUGGAAUGGAAUUGCUGCCGCAGCUGGGGACUCCCCAGCAGCAGAGGCAGCAGGAGCAGGAGCAGCAACAGCAGGAGCAGCAGCAGCAGCAGCAGCAGCAGCAGCAGCAGCAGCAGCAGCAGCAGCAGCAGCAGCAGCAGCAGCAGCAGCAGCAGCAGCAGCAGCAGCAGCAGCAGCAGCAGCAGCAGCAGCAGCAGCAGCAGCAGCAGCAGCAACGGCAGCAGCAGGAACAGGAGCAGCAACAGCAGCAGCAUGGGCCGGACUCACAGCACCAUCCCCACCCCACCCCCCACCAUCACCACACCUGCCCCUACCACCAGCCGCACCAUCACGCCUUAGACUGCAACGCUGCCCACAUUCCAACCCACAGAGAAGCUACCACCGCACACCACCCCUCUCUCCACCCUCCGUACCUCUCCCACGGUCCUUCACCCUUCGCUGUCCACCCGUCACAGAGAGAAGGGGCGGGGCAGGCAGAGGGGUGGGAGGGGGUGGGGCACAGUCACGAGCCGAUGCUGGUUCCUGUGGGGAUGAUUUGGGGGGGGACGGCGAAUAGAGGGAGGCUGAAGCUGCGGCAGGGGAAUGUGAGGGAGAACUGGACGAGCGGGGUGGAUUUGCACCGGCUUCUCACGCUGCUGGACCUCGAGAUGGUUACCACUGAUGAAGAAAUACAAGCUUCACCCGCGCCCCUGCAUCGCGUGCCGUCUCAGCAAUGGUCCACGGCUGCUGCUACAGCCGACGUUCCAACCGCCGCUACAUCCAACGCUACAGCCGACGCCACGGCGCCUGCAGCAGCUGUAGCAGCCCCAGAAGCUCCAGUGUUUGGUCAAGAGCGUCAGACGCACCGCCUCCUCCCGUCAGCCGCUUACGGUGUUCUUUCAGUCGCAGCACCGGCUCCUGGCGACGCCAUGGCGACAAAUUCCGUCGCAAUCCCGUCGCUCAGCCUCCCUCACGCUGCCCUACCGCCUGUUCCACCGUCGCGGUAUAUGCCAAGGGGAGAAGGGGAGGGCGGAGCCUCCGUUGCAGUCACCGCAGACGGGGGGGGAGUUGUUGGCGCAAAUUGGUCGUUUCCGCCGCCGAUGCCCGGGGUGUCGUAUUCUUCCGCGCCCCAUAUCGCCCCGCAAACCAUGCCAGCUGCGGAAAUAACCCCCGCGGGUUUCCCCAAAAGCCCCCUGAUCCUUCCCGCCGCGGAGAUGCCCGCAGGCGCAGUCCCCCCCGCUUCCCCGGGUCUGUCCGCGGUUCAGGUCUGCAUGUCGCCGCUGCUGAUUCCCGCGCCUCUGCAGCUACCGCAUGCACCCCUUGCGCCGGUUAUGCAGCCGGUCAUGUCGCCGGUUAUGCAGCCGGUCAUGUCGCCGGCUAUGCAGCCGGCUAUGUCACCGGUUAUGCGGCCGGUUAUGUCGCCGGUGUUGCGGCCGGUUAUGCCGGUGAUGCACCCGAAUCUCAUGCGCCUCUCUGCGUCUCUGCCGUCCCUCCCUCGGGUACCAGAAACUUCAGUGCCUCUUGAUCCCAGCUUCGCGGAACUUUCCCAGCCCACUGUCUCGCCUGCUGCUUCCCCCACUGCUGCUCUCCCCCGUUUGCCCCCGCUUUACUUCUCCGCCGCUUCCGCCUCUCCGCGAAGGCCCUGCGUCCCCGCGCCUUCCCGCUCGUCCCCAGCUCCUCCGCUGGCAUCCCCGUCCGCCCAGCCUGCGCGCGCCCCCUCAUUUCCCCCCGCAUGCCCGCCCGCGCCUGCAUCCGCACCAUCAACUCCCUCCGCACAAUUCGCUUCCGCCCCGCCACUCCACCCCGCGUCCCUGUCCGCGCCUGCGUUUCUGUGUUCCGCGCCUGCCCUUCCCCCGACCUCCCCCGCGCCAGUAGCCGCGGACGGCUCUUCCGCCCUCCGCUCUGCCGCUUCCGCGGGCUCCCUUCCCCAGCCCCUCACACUGCCGCCCAGCAGUGUGCCGCCCAGCAGCCAUUCAGGGGACACUUUGCCGCCCAUGCCGCCCAGCAGCAUUGCAGACAGUACCAUUCUACCCACUAGGCCACAGAACAAGAAGGGUUUGAAGCGCGGAUCGGAGGAGGAGGGGGGUGAGGCAGGUUGGGACUCCGUCCCUUGUCAGAAGCGAGCGAGAAGGGAGAGUGGUUCGGCCGUUGCUGACGGUGCUGCUGCUGCUGGUGCUGUUGGUGGUGUUGGUUCUGCUGGCGCGGUCGAUUCUGCCGCUUCUGCUGCUGUUGCUGGUGCUGCUGCUGCUGGUGCUGCUGCUGACGCCUCUGCCGCUGUUGACGCGGUUGAGUCUGCUGAUGCUGCUUGUGCUUCUGAGUCGCCCGUUCUCUCAGCCCCUCCCACCUUUCCCCGCCCCGCCCCACCUCCCGACACCACCGCUCUGCUAGACUCUCUCAUUCUACCUGACCCCCCUGAGCCUGUUUCCACCCCUGAGCCUCCUAUCUCACAGGACCUCCCCCUUUUGCCUCCCCCUCUGCCCGAUGCUACGCUACUUGACGCCCCUACUCUGCUCGACCCUCCCACCCUCUUGGAUCCUCCAUCUCUGCAAGACUCUUCAACGCUGAAAAUGCAUCUGCGCACGCACGAUCUGCCCGACGCGGUGUUCCAGGCGGCGUGUGAGGAUGCUCUGGGGCCGCGGCACGGGGGCAGCAAGGCCGGGCAGAAUAAAAAGAUUCCGUCGCGCUGCCCGGAGUGCGGGAAGACGUUUGUGGGGCUGUAUGAGCUGAGGCGGCACUUUGGAAGGAAGCACCAGCAGGGGGAGAAGCCGUACGCGUGCGCCAAGUGCAGCAAGCGGUUCUUUGUUGAGGUAAGGACCUCUUGCCUUUCUCACGCUUCUCAACCCUGUGCUGCUGUGCUGAUGUGCACUCCACUGUUGCUUCAUGUCUUUUCUCUUUCCCCCCUCUUUCUUGCCCGCUCCCCCCCCAUUCUCAUCCUCCCUCUCGUCUCACUCUUUCCUCCCCAACAACCUCUCCAGGUAGACUUGAGAAGAUGCGGAUUUGAGCGACCACGGGAAGAUGUGUGGGCAGAUGCUGGUGUGCCGCUAAUGCUGCUCCAUGUCUUGACAUGUUUCCCUCCCUCCCUCCUGUUGUCUGCCCCCUGUUUUUCCCUCCCAACCACAACCCUCAAUCCCCCAGGCGGAUUUGAGGGACCACGGGAAGAUGUGUGGGCAGAUGCUGGUGUGCCGCUAAUGCUGCUCCAUGUCUUGACAUGUUUCCCUCCCUUCCUCCUGUUGUCUGCCCCCUGUUUUUCCCUCCCAACCACAACCCUCAAUCCCCCAGGCGGAUUUGAGGGACCACGGGAAGAUGUGUGGGCAGAUGCUGGUGUGCCGCUAAUGCUGCUCCAUGUCUUGACAUGUUUCCCUCCCUCCCUCCUGUUGUCUGCCCCCUGUUUUUCCCUCCCGACCACAACCCUCAAUCCCCCAGGCGGAUUUGAGGGACCACGGGAAGAUGUGUGGGCAGAUGCUGGUGUGCCGCUAAUGCUGCUCCAUGUCUUGACAUGUUUCCCUCCCUCCCUCCUGUUGUCUGCCCCCUGUUUUUCCCUCCCGACCACAACCCUCAAUCCCCCAGGCGGAUUUGAGGGACCACGGGAAGAUGUGUGGGCAGAUGCUGGUGUGCCGCUAAUGCUGCUCCAUGUCUUGACAUGUUUCCCUCCCUCCCUCCUGUUGUCUGCCCCCUGUUUUUCCCUCCCAACCACAACCCUCAAUCCCCCAGGCGGAUUUGAGGGACCACGGGAAGAUGUGUGGGCAGAUGCUGGUGUGCCGCUAAUGCUGCUCCAUGUCUUGACAUGUUUCCCUCCCUCCCUCCUGUUGUCUGCCCCCUGUUUUUCCCUCCCGACCACAACCCUCAAUCCCCCAGGCGGAUUUGAGGGACCACGGGAAGAUGUGUGGGCAGAUGCUGGUGUGCCGCUAAUGCUGCUCCAUGUCUUGACAUGUUUCCCUCCCUCCCUCCUGUUGUCUGCCCCCUGUUUUUCCCUCCCGACCACAACCCUCAAUCCCCCAGGCGGAUUUGAGGGACCAUGGGAAGAUGUGUGGGCAGAUGCUGGUGUGCCGCUGUGGCAUGCAGUUUGCCUUCAAGUGCAACCUCGUGAACCACUUGCGCUCCCACCCCCUCUGCCAAUUCCUCUCCGCCGCCGCCCCUGCCCUUCCCCCCGCCCCUCCUUCCCUCUUUACCUCCCAUCACUGCUGCUGCUGCGCCACUGCUGCUUCAUGCCUACACUUUCCCUCUCCUUCCCCUCUCCCCCUCCCCCUCCACCCCUCCAGGCGGAUCUGAGGGACCACGGGAAGAUGUGUGGGCAGAUGCUGGUGUGCCGCUGCGGCAUGCAGUUUGCCUUCAAGUGCAACCUCGUCAACCACAUGCGCUCCCGCCCCCUCUGCCAACUCCUCUCCGCCGCCAACCCCAUUCCGCCCCCCGCUGCUCCCCCCAUCCCCGCUGCUGCCGCUUCCGCUGCUGCUGUGGCUGCUGCUACUGCUGCUGCUGCUGCUGCUGGAACCGGAGCUAGUGUUGCUGCUACAGCCGGCACUGUGUUUCCUGCUGUUCCUGCUGACCUGGCCGCCAGCUCAUCUGCUCCAUCGAUGCACGUGGCUACAGCCGUAUCUGCUGGUGCUACAGCUUCUGGCACUACAGCUGCCGGUGCUACAGCCUUCCUCCCCCCCAUGGGAUUUGUGCCGUUCAAUGCUCCUUAG